UGACGUCACACAGGAGGAAGAACAAAACAAGAUGGCGUCUCGAGGAGAAUACGUUGUUUUGGUUCUUAUGGUUUCUAGGUCUUCAUUACAACGUACAAGUGCACAUGUGUGUCGUUUAACAGAGUAAACGUCGUCAUUAAUUGUUUGUAUGCAGAUACAUUAGUCUGAGUGCACUUUGACGUGCUAGCCUAGCCUGCUGGUUAGCUUAGCUUGUUAGCUGCUAACAAACAGAGGCAGAAGUGAUCGACACAUCAAAGCAGAGAUCCAAUCAUACCAAAUAUCAAGAAAGAGGUGUUUGUUUCCAUAUGUGUCUGUGGGGGGGUGCUGAUUCUCAUCCCAGUCGCCUCACACUCGGCUGUGAACCGAUCCAGUGAGAGCUGAAGAUCCUGGCCAGUUGAAACCAUCAGGACCACAUCAUCUGCAAAAUCCUGCAGCCAUCAAACCGGAUCCCCUCAACGCCUUGACUGCGCCUAGAAGUUCUGUCCAUAGAAGUUAUGAACCUCCUUGGCGGAGUCCAACCCUCCCUGGAAAAGUGUCCGACUUACUGCCGGCAAUGUGGACCAAGUUCUGACACUGAUCAUACAGGGAGCGGACCGCCAUAAUCAGACAGUCCGAUACCCCAUACUCUCUGAGCCCCCCCCCACAGGACUUCCCGGGGGACACGGCCGAAUGCCUUCUCUAAGUCCACAAAGCACAUGUAGACUGGUUGGGCAAACUCCCAUGCACCCUCAAGUACCCUGCUGGGAGUAUAGAGCCGGUCCACAGUUCCACGACCAGGACGAAAACCACACUGUUCCUCCUGAAUCCAAGACGUCUGUGAAGAACAUCUUCACCCUGAGCAACAGAAGUGGAGCUUCAGGAUGCAGACGGAGGAGCUACAGCCCUCCCACAUUAAGAUUGAAGAGGAAUACUUACUGAUCCCCCAUUUUAAAAUGGAAGAGGAACACCCACCGAUCCCCCAUUUUAAAGAGGAAGUGGAGGACCCAUUGACACCCCAUUUUAAAGAGGAAGCGGUGGAUCCACAGAGCUCUCACAUUAAGGAGGAAGAGGAGAACCCACUGACCCCUCACAUUAAAGAAGAAGAGGAGGAACACAGCAUCAGUCAGCAGGGAGAGCAUCUAGAAGGACUGGAGGAGGUUGAUGUCACCAAGAUGCCAGUGACUGGUGUCCCUGUGAAGAGUGAAGAUGAUGAGAUCAAAUUUGAAGGUGAGGAGAGGGGAGGGGCGGAGCUUUCAAGCAGCAGCUCAACACAACACAUGACAACAGAAGCUGAUGGAGACCACUGUGGAGGAUCACAAGCAGACAAGCUCUUAGCUCCACUAUCAGAUAGUGAGGACACAACGUCACACUCUCCUGACACUGAUGAUGAAGACUCUAAAGAUGAUAAGACAUGUCACACUGACAACACUCACUUCAAGUGUUCUCACUGUGACAAAACAUUUAAAUCUCCUCGUAAUUUGAAAAGACACAUGAUGACACACACUGGAGAAAAACCUCUUUCAUGUUCAGUCUGCGGUAAAGGUUUAACUCAUAGGCAUUAUUUGAAAGUACACAUGAGAAUUCACACUGGAGAAAAACCCUUUUCUUGCUCAGAAUGUGGUAAAAGUUUUGUAAGAAAUGAAAGUUUAAAAGCACACAUGAGAACACACACUGGAGAAAAAUAUUUUUCAUGUACAGUCUGCGGUAAAUAUUUUACUCAUAAGCAACAUUUGGAAAUACACAUGAGAAUACACACUGGAGAAAAACCUUUUUUCUGCUCAGAAUGUGGUAAAAGUUUUGUAAGAAAUCAACAUUUAAAAGAGCAUUUGAGAACACACACUGGAGAAAAACCUUUUUUAUGUACAAUCUGCGGUAAAGAUUUUACUAAUAGUAAACAUUUGAAAAGACACAUGAGAACACACACUAGAGAAAAACGUGUUCAAUCUGUGGUAACGAUUUUACUCAGAGGGACGAUUUAAAAAAACACAAGAGAAUACACACCGGAGAACAACCUUUUUCAUGUUCAAUCUGUGGUAAAGAUUUUACUCGGAGGCACCAUUUAAAUAAACAAAUGAGAAUACACACUGGAGAACAACCUUUUUCAUGUUCAAUCUGUGGUA